AUGGCGGCCAACAAUAGAGGUCUGGAUGAACCACCAAACAGCCGUCUGUUCAUUCUUUGUCCGAAAGGCACAACUGAACAGGAUUUCCGCGAUGCAUUUGAUAAAUUUGGAACUAUCGAGGAUAUUUGGAUCAUCAAAGAUAAGCGAACAAACGAAGACCGAGGAAUUGUGUACAUAAAAUUUGCAAAGACAUCAGAGGCAAUGCAGGCAAUGGAAGAAAUGAAUGGCAGAGCAUUGCCUGGUACAAGCAAAGGUCUCAAGGUGGUUGUUGCAAACAGCAAGCGAGAUGGCUCAACUCGAGACCCAAGAGAGGAUGAACGACUUGUGCGACUGUUUGUUAUUAUUCCAAAGAAUUUCACAGAACAAGAUCUGAGGGAUGAGUUUUCUAAAUAUGGAGACGUGGAAUCUGUGACUGUGUUAAAGGACCGUAGUUCUGGAGAAAACAAAGGUUUCGGCUAUGUUCGUUUUUUCAAGCCAUUGCAUGCUGCUUUGGCAUAUGAAAAUUGUGACACAUCAUUUAGACCCAAGUUUGCAGAGCCACAGCGCUCUAGAGAUGAAAGAGAUGAAAUUGAGAAUCAUGGAUUCACUUUCCCAGGCCCCGCACCAGGAGCUGGUCAGAAGCGAUUGUACGAAGAUGAUCUGCAUUCUGGUUACUAUGCCCCAGAAGCUGCUUUUCCAGCAGGUAAAGGCCUUCCACAGCAGUUUGCUGGGGCUGGACCUAUGGAGAUGUUGGCUGAAUAUCCAGCAGUGAGCACUUGUUCCCGUCUUUACAUUCAAGCUCCUAUUGGAUUAACACAGGGCUACCUUGCUAGGCUCUUCAAUCUUGUUCCUGGAAUGGAAUACUGUGACUUGAAUGAAACAACAGGUAUUGCUUAUGCUAGAUACACUAGUCCUCAGUGUGCUGCCUAUGCCAGAGACAAGCUGAACGGGUUUGAGUACCCUCUGGGGAGUGCUUUGCAUGUGCAGUUGGCAGAUGAUUGUCCAGUGCAUAUGGAUACAAGUGGAUAUGGGCCAUAUGCUGGUAAUUUUGGUGGGGGCUAUGCUAAUCCGCCCGUCUCCCCCAUGGAGAAUAUGGAUAUCAGACAGAAGGCAGCUAUGAUACUGGAAAAAGCUGGCAUCAAUCCACAAAACCUUCUGAACCUAGCUGGGGCUGGUGCAGUUGGUUCAGUUGGAGAUGGUCGCAGAGAGCGUGUGGCAUACUCCAGCAUUCCUCUUCCACCACCACAGCCCACGGUACCUGAGGAUGGAAGAAACAUGGCACAAAGGCUGUUCAUUGUUUGCCAGCCUUCUGGGGUAUCUGAACGAGUACUCAAGGAUGCAUUCUGCAGAUUUGGAAACUUGAUUGAUGUUUAUCUCUUGUCAGGUCGUAAUUAUGGCUAUGCGAAGUAUGCCUCAAAGGAUUGUGCAAUGAGGGCCAUUGAGACCCUUCACGGGCAAACAUUGGCGGGGCAGAAAAUGAAAGUUCUGGAAGCAGAGCCACCAAAAGCCCACCCUGUUCAUGGAAUGCAAGGCGAUGAGGGCCCAUCCAAGAAGCAGAGGCUUUAG